UCAGUAAAAUUUCAACGGAAACCAAAUAAAGUUCAAAAUCUUUUGUUUCACCAAGAGGCUAUAUAUCUACUGUACAAACUAAUAGUAUACGCAAUAAAAUCUAACCAUAACAUCUCGUGAGCAAGAAACAAAUAGACACAGAGACAAGGCAGACAAAAAAGCCUUACAAGUGAAAAACCUUAACAGCUUCACUUAAUAGUUCAUGUCUUGAGCUUUGAAACAACAAAAAAAACAAAAAGAGAAGAAGCUCCUACCUCUCUGCAACAUACAAAGGAUCCUCGUGAUGCAGAGCUCUUACUCUUCACGAGCUUCAUCAUCUUCUUCCUUAGACUCCGAAUCCCAGGUUUUGAAUUCUCUUCACUCUUCUUUAAAUACCCGUUUCUUCUUCUCCAAGACCAUGCACUUCUUCAGCAACAAUAAACCAACUCCUUUUCUUCAGCUCCCUGCGCUGCAAUGGAAACCAAAACUUUCUUACUCUGCAUUACCUUCCUUCUCUUCUGUUCUUCUUUCUCAUCCUCAAAGAUCCUACAGAAACAGACUUACAUUGUUCAGCUUCAUCCUAACACCGAAACGGCUAAAACCUUUGCCUCAAAGUUUGAUUGGCAUCUUUCUUUCCUCCAAGAAGCGGUUUUGGGUGUUGAAGAAGAAGAAGAAGAAGAGCCUUCUUCACGACUUCUAUACUCCUAUGGCUCUGCCAUAGAAGGAUUUGCUGCUCAGUUAACUGUAUCAGAAGCCGAGAUGCUGAGAUAUUCACCUGAAGUUGUUGCAGUGAGACCUGACCAUGUUCUCCACGUUCAAACCACUUACUCUUACAAGUUCUUGGGACUUGACGGUCUUGGAAACUCCGGUGUAUGGUCUAAAUCUCGGUUUGGUCAAGGCACGAUUGUCGGCGUGCUUGAUACAGGAGUUUGGCCUGAAAGUCCUAGCUUUGACGAUACCGGAAUGCCUUCGGUUCCACGGAAAUGGAAAGGGAUUUGCCAAGAAGGAGAGAAUUUCAGUUCCUCGAGCUGUAACCGGAAGCUAAUCGGUGCUAGAUUCUUCAUCAGAGGACACCGUGUCGCUAACUCACCAGAGGACUCCCCAAACAUGCCUCGUGAAUACAUCUCCGCAAGGGAUUCAACCGGACAUGGGACUCACACGGCUUCAACAGUUGGUGGAUCCUCUGUUUCGAUGGCAAGUGUUCUUGGAAAUGGGGCUGGUGUGGCUCGUGGGAUGGCACCUGGAGCUCACAUUGCAGUCUAUAAAGUUUGUUGGUUCAAUGGUUGUUACAGCUCUGACAUUCUAGCAGCUAUAGAUGUAGCGAUUCAAGAUAAAGUCGAUGUCCUUUCACUCUCCCUUGGCGGUUUCCCUAUUCCUUUGUAUGAUGAUACAAUUGCCAUUGGAACCUUCCGAGCCAUGGAACGUGGUAUAUCCGUAAUCUGUGCAGCUGGUAAUAAUGGUCCAAUAGACAGCUCGGUUGCGAACACAGCUCCUUGGGUUUCAACCAUCGGUGCAGGCACGGUUGAUAGAAAAUUUCCUGCUGUGGUCAGAUUAGCCAACGGAAAGCUUCUCUAUGGAGAGUCAUUGUAUCCAGGAAAAGGUUUAAAGAAUGCCGAGAGAGAGGUCGAGGUGAUUUACGUCACGGGAGGAGAUAGAGGAAGUGAGUUCUGCUUGAGAGGGUCACUUCCAAGAGAGGUUAUCCAAGGCAAAAUGGUGAUUUGUGACCGCGGUGUCAAUGGAAGAUCAGAGAAAGGAGAAGCCAUUAAAGAAGCAGGUGGAGUUGCAAUGAUCUUAGCCAACACAGAGAUCAACCAAGAAGAGGAUUCUAUCGACGUUCAUCUCUUACCAGCUACAUUGAUCGGUUACGCCGAGUCGGUUCUUCUGAAAGCUUAUGUUAAUGCCACGGUGAAACCAAAGGCACGGAUAAUUUUUGGUGGGACGGUGAUUGGGCGGUCAAGAGCACCGGAAGUGGCUCAGUUUUCAGCUCGAGGACCGAGUUUAGCCAAUCCUUCUAUACUAAAACCGGAUAUGAUUGCUCCAGGAGUCAAUAUCAUCGCGGCUUGGCCUCAAAAUCUAGGACCAACUGGACUUCCUUAUGACUCCAGAAGAGUUAACUUCACUGUGAUGUCAGGAACUUCAAUGUCCUGUCCACAUGUUAGCGGAAUCACUGCUCUUAUCCGCUCAACAUACCCGAAUUGGUCUCCCGCUGCAAUCAAGUCUGCAUUGAUGACAACAGCGGAUUUGUAUGAUCGUCAAGGCAAAGCGAUAAAGGACGGUAACAAACCAGCUGGCGUGUUUGCCAUCGGAGCAGGGCAUGUAAAUCCGCGAAAGGCGAUAAACCCGGGAUUGGUUUACAACAUUCAACCGGUGGACUACAUUACUUACCUCUGCACGUUAGGUUUCACAAGAUCAGACAUUUUAGCUAUCACUCAUAAGAACAUCAGCUGCAGCGGAAUAUUGCGAAGAAAUCCUGGUUUUACCCUCAAUUACCCGUCCAUCUCAGUGAUUUUCAAACGUGGCAAGACAACGGAGAUGAUCACAAGACGUGUGACUAACGUUGGAAGCCCUAAUUCGAUAUACUCGGUGAAUGUCAAGGCUCCUGAGGGGAUCAACGUGAUUGUAAAACCAAAAAGACUUGUGUUUAACCACGCAGAUCAAACGCUGAGUUAUCGAGUAUGGUUUGUAUUGAAGAAGAGAAACAGAGGAAAAGGGGUGGCUACCUUCACACAGGGACAAUUGACUUGGGUCAACUCUCGGAAUCUGAUGCAGCGAGUUAGGAGUCCGAUCUCUGUGACAUUGAAGAAUAAUAACUGA